UGUUUGAGGUGUUCACAUUGGAUCGUUCAGUUUGGAGAAUUACUCGGUAUGGGUUUCAGUGUCUUUCUAAUAUCGUCUCGAACCUAGUUUGUUUUUCUUUACAAGAAAACGGUAAAAUUGUUGCUUAGUCAUUUUAAACCGAUUUUCUGCAAAUCAUGUGAGAAUUAUAUUGUAUUCUUAGGUUCACGUAUACUUUUUGGACGGGCUAACGAAAGCUAACGUUACGUCGUUAGCUUUUGGCAAAAUGGCGGCGAACACAGCACAACAAGCCCCGACACCGAGCUGGCAGUAUGGUGCUAAUUCUAAUGGAGACAACCAGGUCCAUGAGAACCCAGAAUGGGAGAAAGCCAGACAGGCUCUAGCCUCUAUCACUAAAAGUCAGAGUUCUACAAAGACUGCACCAGCUAAUCUGACCAACCAACAGGCCGGGCAGUAUCAGACAACAGGUACAGACUCUUCUGCAAUGCAGCAACAGCAGCAGUACUAUCAACAGUGGUAUCAGAACCAGCAACAGUAUGCUGGUUAUUCAUACCCCUAUAACUACUACUACCCUAUGCCACCGUAUGGAGGAGCGUAUCCUCCCGGACAUUAUGGUGUUCCAGGGGCUUACCAGCCACCUACUACCACCACUGGACAGCCCCCUGCCAUGCCUAUGAUGGAAGAUCAGUCCUCCAGUUAUUCCUCCCAAACACAGCCCCCUCCUUCUUCAAACCCUCAGCCUCCCUCCCAAAGCCCUACAUCCUCUGACCAGACCCCUCCCCCUCCUCCACCCCCUGUACCUCCCCAACCCAAUGCCAACUACCCCCCACCUCCUUCCCAGACCCCCUACAGUCCUAACGGAGCCCUUCCAUACAGCCCAACCGAUUCAAAUACCUUCCGGGGCUACAAUGCAGGACAAGUUCGCCCAGCAUACCAGGGUUACCAGGCUUCAGGAUAUCAGCCCCCCCAGCAGCAGGGUCCAGGUCAAUCACCUUACGGAGGUGCCCGCAGGGUGGACGCAAAUAAAAAACCUAACCUUCCCAAUAUGAAUAAUAGUGGCCAGCAGUUGUGGCAGCGCAUGAAACAGGCUCCAGGACAGCCCCCAGGACAGACUUUGCCCAACAUGACUGCCACAACCGCGGCUGGCUCUGCAGUUGCAACAGCUACCGUUUCGGCAGGAAAUGCCCAAGCUCGGCCUCAGGACUGGCCACAGGCCAUGAAAGAGUAUGUGCAGCGCUGCUUUACAGCCUGUGAAUCUGAAGAGGAUAAGGAUCGUACGGAAAAAGUGCUGAAAGAGCUUCUGCAGUCCAGAUUACAGGAUGGCUCUGCUUAUUCCAUUGACUGGACUAGAGAACCUCUGCCAGAUCUCAAGGCCAAGCAGUCUCGCUGGGAAACAGUUGCUCAGCGUUCUCAGGACAAUGCUGUCGGGCGAGGCGGAGCCACCCGAGGCAGGGUUGGGGCCAGGCUGGGUAAUUAUAGAAAUGUGUUCUCUCAGAGAAGCCCCUCUUCCAGCUCCUCCCGCUCGUCCCAAUCUUCGUCACGAUCUCCCUCCCCUCACAGCAGAAACCGAGAUAGGAGUCACCAUAAUCGCAGUAACUCUGGCUCUCUGUCAGACAGCAGCAUGUCAAGUGAUCCACGACUCCAGCUGUCCAGACGACAACAAAAGGGUGGCCGAGGUCGAGGUAGAGGAGCCGGAGGAGACAGAGGCAGAGGAAGAGGCAAAGCAAACCGAGGGCGGAGGAAUAUGGAUGAGCCCGGCAGUGGUAUUGGUAAAAAGCGCAGAAGCGGUAUUGCAGGUCUAGACUUUCACGACCCAAAUCUUGAAGCCAAGAAGCAGUGCCGGGCCGCACGCUUUAACACCAAACUACGUACUGAGCCCCUGGUAUUAAACAUUAAUUCAUUUGACCUCCCCAACGUAACCCAGGAGGGGCUCAGCUGGGAUGACUGCCACAUUGUCGGCACCAGCCAGGACAUCACCAAAAUUUACCUGCGCCUCACCUGUGCUCCUGACCCUUCAACUGUCAGACCUGUUCCUGUAUUGCGAAAGUCUCUGAUUGCUGUAAAAUCUCAUUGGAAAGCCAAUCACGAUUAUUUGUAUGCAUGCGAACAAAUGAAAUCAAUACGACAGGACCUCACUGUUCAAGGUGUGCGUACAGACUUCACAGUGGAGGUGUAUGAGACGCAUGCUCGUAUCGCUCUUGAAAAGGGAGAUCACGAAGAGUUCAAUCAGUGCCAGACCCAACUGAAGGCGCUAUAUAAAGACUGCCCUUCAGAAAACGUAGGAGAAUUCACAGCCUAUAGACUCAUCUACUACAUCUUUACGAAAAACUCUGGAGACCUGACAACUGAGCUUGUGUACCUGACGCCUGAACUUUGCGCUGAUGCGUGUGUAGCCCACGCUCUUGAGCUCCGUACUGCCUGGGCGCUUGGAAACUUCCACCGGUUCUUCAAACUUUAUCAGCAAGCUCCACGAAUGGCCUCUUACCUCAUUGACAAGUUUGUGGAACGUGAAAGGAAGCUGGCUAUGAGGGCCAUUCUUAAAACGUUCAGGCCCUCUGUGCCGGUGGAGUAUGUACAGUCCAGCUUGGCCUUUCCAGAUUUAGAUUCAUGUUUAGAAUUUCUAACAGGCCUUGGGGUUACAUUCAUGCCCUCUGACCCUAGCAAUAUAGAUUGUAAAGUCAGCUCAGCAGCCACCUUCUAGUAUUUAACACUACAGAGCUUUUAGACAGAUAUUAGAUAAGGGACCAGAUGUCUACACAAUAAAGAGAUG